CGUGCCAUAUUCUACUGCCAACACCUCUUGUCGAUGAUUGUACCUUCUGGCACCACGCCUUUUUCAAUUGUACAACCCCAGGAAGCUUGAUUGCUAGGGAGUUUCACAAGACUCGUUCGCAGACGAUUCCACCCCGUCCCAAUCAUCACCGUUUAUACCUGGCGCGUAAACUCCGGAACACCGACAGCAGUAGAAUGGCGGAGUGCCACAAUAGCCAGAUAUGUUUUCCCCACUUCCAGAUUUGCCACGUGUCAAUGUCCAAUGGGGUCGUUCAAUCCGUAUUGGUAAUAGUAAAAACACGGAAUAUCGAUCUCCAUCACGUAAACCCCUCCCUUUUCUCCCUCUCACGAUCUCGAUCGGAUGAAGCCAUUGAAGCAACCUCCAACCUCCAUUACCAAACCCUAAUCGGCUAUCUUCAGAACUCUGAUAAGUUGAUUACGAUACAGCAAUGAACUUAUCUUGAAUACAUACAAUUCCAGACCGUACAGCUAGUCUAUUUUUAGCUUCCGGUUUCUGCAGAAGUGAAGAGCAGAGAGAGAUGCCGACCGUUGCGGUGAAGCUCUACAGCGUCUUUUUUAAAUUCCUCCUCAAACACCGCUUGCAGAACCGGAUCCAAACUCCCUCCGACGAUAACAACCAGUUUGGAGUGACCUCCCGACCCGAGGAGUCGAUUGCAGCCGCAAACCCUUCCUUCGUCGACGGAGUAGCCACCAAGGAUAUUCAUAUCGAUCCGUUCACCUCGCUUUCUGUUCGAAUCUUCCUGCCGGAUACGUGUCUGGUGUCGCCGGAGUUGGAUUCCAAGGGUCAGUUGAAAUCUAGGGUUAAGGCGGUGAGAUCGGAUCGGGAUUCUGUUGAUUCGAAUGCUAAUCCGUGUUUGAAUAGGCGGAACAGUUAUGGUGCGAUUGGUACGAUAAAUGUUGGCGCGAAUUCAGAGCAGACGCGAAGGAUUAGCUACGGGUGUAGUAGCGAUGCAGAGAGUUUGAAUUUGAGACCGGACAGUGGAGUUUACAGAGGGUAUUCGCCGUCGCUGGAGAAUUGUCGGAAAUUGCCCCUGAUGUUGCAGUUUCAUGGCGGAGGGUUCGUGAGUGGGAGCAAUGAUUCGGUGGCCAAUGACUUCUUCUGCAGGCGGAUUGCGAAGUUGUGCGAUGUGAUUGUUGUGGCGGUUGGGUAUAGACUUGCACCGGAAAAUCGGUAUCCGGCUGCAUUUGAGGAUGGGUUGAAGGUGUUGAAUUGGUUGGGGAAGCAAGCAAAUUUGGCAGAGUGUAAUAAGUCUAUGGGAAGUGCACGAGGCGGAGGGCCUGAACUUAAGAAAUCGGAUGUCACGAGGCAUAUUGCGGACACAUUUGGGGCUUCCAUGGUGGAGCCUUGGUUGGCUGCUCAUGGUGAUCCAUCGAGAUGUGUCCUCCUUGGGGUGAGUUGUGGUGCAAAUAUUGCAGACUAUGUGGCUCGGAAGGCUGUAGAGCUAGGGAAGCGUCUGGACCCUGUCAAGGUGGUGGCACAGGUCCUGAUGUAUCCUUUCUUCAUUGGAAGUGUCCCCACACAUUCUGAGAUAAAACUGGCGAACUCCUACUUCUACGACAAGGCUAUGUGCAUGCUUGCAUGGAAACUCUUUCUACCCGAGGAAGAGUUCAGCCUGGACCAUCCAGCUGCCAACCCUCUCAUUCCUGACAGGGAACCACCUUUAAAGCUUAUGCCACCAACAUUGACAGUAGUAGCAGAGCAUGACUGGAUGAGAGACAGGGCCAUUGCAUACUCUGCAGAGCUCCGGAAAGUAAAUGUUGAUUCACCAGUUCUUGAGUACAAGGAUGCAGUUCAUGAAUUUGCAACCCUUGACAUGCUCCUGAAGACCCCUCAGGCCCAGGCUUGUGCUGAGGAUAUUGCAAUUUGGGUGAAGAAGUACAUCUCCUUUCGAGGUCAUGAGUUUUCUUACUAAGUAGGACAUGGAAAAUCCAGGAACAGUUGAAGCAUGAACACAAUUUACUGGUGUUUGGUUUAUUAGAAUUUAGAAGAUGAGCAAGAGACAUCAUGUUUGGUUUGUUAGAAGACUGAGACAUCAGGUCACUCUUGAAUUGUUCCUCAAUUUUCUUAUUUACUCCUUGUCCUGUUUUCUUCUUUUUGUAAGAUAGAAGCUUAUCUGAGAGUAGAAGUUAGUUGAGCUGUGAGAUGAUUCACCUCCUGUUGGAGUAAGGCACGGCACGCCGCAUUCGGACGUUGUUGUUAACAUUUUUUCCCUGUGUAUUAAGAUGUAAUAUUUUCUAUGAAUAUAAUUCAUUGAAUGAAAUAUUUGGUUCUUUUGACUGCA